GUUCAGUGACUAGGCGGUAGAGAUGGGCCGCGAGCGCCGCGCAGGGCCUCGAGAACCCCGAGGCCGCUGGCGCUUGCCGCAGCUCGCCCCUUUCGGCUCCUCCCUGUCGUGCGUAGAGUGCGUGAGCCAAGGCGCCCAGAGCCAGCGCGGUACACCAGGGGUUGGAAAAACCACCCUAGGCAAAGAACUUGCAUCAAGAUCAGGACUGAAAUACAUUAAUGUGGGUGAUUUAGCUCGAGAAGGGCAGUUAUAUGAUGGCUAUGAUGAAGAGUAUGAUUGCCCCAUUUUAGAUGAAGAUAGAGUAGUUGAUGAAUUAGAAAACCAAAUGAGUGAAGGUGGAGUUAUUGUUGAUUACCAUGGUUGUGAUUUCUUCCCUGAACGCUGGUUUCAUAUAGUUUUUGUGCUGCGAGCAGAUAACAGUGUAUUGUACAAAAGACUUGAAACAAGGGGUUAUAAUGAGAAGAAACUAAAAGAUAAUAUUCAGUGUGAAAUUUUUCAAGUUCUUUAUGAAGAAGCAUUAGCAUCCUACAAGGAAGAAAUAGUACAUCAGCUGCCCAGCAAUAAACCAGAAGAUCUAGAGGAUAACAUCAAUCAGAUAUUGAAGUGGAUUGAGCAGUGGAUUAAGGAUCAUAGCUCCUGAUUUACAAGACUACUAGCCACUUUACAACCACUCUUGUUAUAUCUCUGCCAUAUUGAAUAAAUUGUCCAAUUGUC